UGAUGACCUCCGCGGCUUUGUUUUCACAACAUACCAGACUUGGCCGAAUAGGAAGUGAACCGACUUCACUUCGGAGCAACUUCUGAUAUCUUUUUGUCCCUCUCAACCAUUUCCUUCGUCUUUGUUCGCCUCUGGGAAUCUGUUGCCGACGGUUUCAGGAUGGUGAAAGUGUCGUUCAAUACCGCUUUGGCUCAGAAAGACGUGAAGAAAGAUGCUGAAACUCUGAUCCCCGAGGACGAAACGGAUGCCGAGGCAGCUCUGGUGGUCCGUCGCCAAUCUCAAACCUGGUGCUGGUGCAUGUGUCUGGGGCUGGCCCUCAUGCUGUCCGGGGUGGUGGUGGCAGGAGCCUACCUCUACCGCUACUACAUCCUGGAGGUGAACACAAGUCAUUAUAGCGCUGCGGAAGUAUCUCAACCGGAAGACGAGGUCUUCUUCUGUGGUGUGAAUUACCACGAGGAGGACUACAUGGUCCCUGAUGAGGAGGCGGAGAUGCCAAACAGGAACUUCCAGCGACUGCUGGAAGAGAAGAUCAGGGUGCUGGAGCGGGAGCAGGUGGAGUUCAUCAAUGUGCCCGUGCCAGACUUCGAAGACGGAGACCCCGCUGAUAUCGUCCACGACUUUCAGAGGAGGCUGACCGCUUACCUGGAUCUGAACCUGAACAAAUGCUACGUCAUCCCACUCAACACCUCCAUCGUCAUGCCUCCCAGAGAUCUUUUGGAUCUGCUCAUCAAAGUCAAGGCUGGCUCCUACCUGCCCCAGUCGUACCUGAUCCACGAGGAGAUGAUGGUGACGGAGCGUCUUGAGAACGUCGACCAGCUUGGGUACUUCAUCUACAACCUCUGCCACAACAAAGAAACCUUCAAGCUGCAGCGCAGAGACACAAUUCUGGGUAUGCAGAAGCGCGAAGCUCUCAACUGCCACAAGAUUCGUCACUUCGAGAACAAGUUUGUGGUGGAAACUUUGAUCUGCGAGCCUUGAGACGCCUCGACCGAAGCUCUUAAAGUCGCAGGCGCCGGGCGAGAUCGUGUUCUUCAUCGUCACCUAUCUGUUUUUCUGUUCUGCAAUAAAGAGUUUUGAGCAAGA